AUCCAGAAGAAUCUCCAGAACACGCAGAAAUUGUUUGAUACCUUUUACAGACAAAUGAAGCCAAGUCCCGGCAUGGAGAAACAUCAGCACUCUGUCAAGAGUUUUACUAAACAGAGUGAUCUCAAAAAUCACCAGCACAUUCACACAGAAGAGAAACCGUAUCACUGCUCAGACUGUGGGAUGAGUUUUAAUCAACAAAGUACUCUCAAAACACACCAGCGCAUUCACACAGGAGAGAAACCGUAUCACUGCUCAAACUGUGGGAAGAGUUUUACUCAACAGAGUACUCUCAAAAUACACCAGCGCAUUCACACAGGAGAGAAACCGUAUCACUGCUCAGACUGUGGGAAGAGUUUUACUCAACAGAGUACUCUCCAAAAUCACCAGCGCAUUCACACAGGAGAGAAACCGUAUCACUGCUCAGACUGUGGGAAGUGUUUUAAUCUACAGAGUCAUCUCAAACUGCACCAGCGCGUUCACACAGGAGAGAAACCGUAUCACUGCUCAGACUGUGGGAAGAAUUUUACUGCACAGGGUACUCUUAAAAUACACCAGCGCAUUCACACAGGAGAGAAAACGUAUCACUGCUCAGACUGUGGGAAGAGUUUUAAUCUACAGAAUCAUCUCAAACUGCACCAGCGCAUUCACACAGGAGAGAAACCGUAUCACUGCUCAGACUGUGGGAAGAAUUUUACGGCACAGGGUAAUCUUAAAAUACACCAGCGCAUUCACACAGGAGAGAAACCGUAUCACUGCUCAGACUGUGGGAAGAGUUUUAAUCUACAGAGUACUCUUAAACUGCACCAACGCAUUCACACAGGAGAGAAACCAUAUCACUGCUCAUACUGUGGGAAGAGUUUUAAUCAACAGAGUCAUCUCAAAAAACAUCAGCGCAUUCACACAGGAGAGAAACCGUAUCACUGCUCAGACUGUGGGAAAAGCUUUAAUCAACAGAGUAGUCUCAAACUGCACCAACGCAUUCACACAGGAGAGAAACCAUAUCACUGCUCAUACUGUGAAAAGAGUUUUAAUCGACCGGGGACUCUCAAACUGCAUGAGCGCAUUCACACAGGAGUGAAACCGUAUUACUGCUCAGACUGUGAGAAGACUUUUACUACACAGAGUGAGCUCAAAAAUCACCAGCGCAUUCACACAGGAGAGAAACCGUAUCACUGCUUAGACUGUGGGAAGAGUUUUACUCAACAGAGUGCUCUUAAACUGCACCAGCGCAUUCACACAGGAGUAAAACCGUAUUACUGCUCAGACUGUGAGAAGAGUUUUACUACACAGAGGAAACUCAAACUGCACCAGCACAUUCACACAGGAGAGAAACCGUUUCACUGCUCAGACUGUGGGAAGAAUUUUACUGAACAGGGUAAUCUCAAAAAACACCAGCACAUUCACACAGGAGAGAAACCGCAUCACUGCUCAGACUGUGGGAAGAAUUUUAAUCAUCAGAGUAACCUCAAAAAACACCAGCGCAUUCACACAGGAGAGAAACCUUAUCACUGCUCGGACUGUGGGAAAAGCUUUAAUCAACAGAUUAGUCUCAAACUGCACCAACGCGUUCACACAGGAAAGAAAACUAUCUCAAAUCUGUUACAAGGCAAUUAAAAGUGCGUAAAUCUUUCGGACAGAACACCUUGUCCUACACAAUUUUUUCACUUUGUCACUUUACCAUGAAAGUUAACACUGUUCAAGAAUUUACACCAAAUUGAUACAACCUUUUUAACACUGUAUGUAAUAAAGGCUAAAGUUGUACCAGAUGGACUUGGUCCUCACUGUUGAUGGUAAACUUUAAGUGAUGCCCCAACUUGUUUGCGCUUACUUUUUUAAUUUAGGUAAGAUGGCUACAGUUAGAGUGACACUCAGAGAUAGAAGAGAUAGAAAUGUGCACAAGUUAAACAGCAAAAUGUAUUUUGUUAUUAAAAGUCACUUCAAACUA